AUAAAUAAGCACCUCUCACGAUUUCCUCCCUCCGUCGAAGUCUGAGCAUUGAUGGUAUUGCGGGUUAGUUUGGUCUCUUUAGUCGUUAUGAUGUUGGUGAAAGUGAAAGCUUCUGAUGUAGAUAGACGUAUCGAGCGAUGUCCGAUGCUCCGUAUCUGUUUUGAGUGAUAAUGUAUACAUGCCGUUCGUUUUUUUGGCCAAUAGUUCAGUCAAUGUUCAUCAUGUUGCCCUUGAUCAGCGGUUCAUCAGGGGUUGAUAGAAUUCUUGGCUUCUCAGCGAAGUCUUUAAAAAAUGGCAGACAAAGAGCGAGCGAGCGAGAGUGGGAUGUAGGAGGAAAAAACCGAAUGAUAAGUUCGAGAGAAGAGAUGAAACUGUUUAGGGAUUUUCUCGUUGCAUCGGAGUGUUGUGCUUGAAUAAUUACGACUGCCUCAACAGUGCUGUCAAAGCUUUUAACUGAGUGAGCGAACCAGACAUCCAGACGAUUGCUCUAGGUAAUGCAAUGGAUGGAGAAAAGAAAUAUCAAUUUCGCAUAUGCAGAUCAUGCGCUAAACUUGGACCUGAUAUCAAAGGUCAAAGGGAUAGAUGCAGCUGAGAGUUAUUUUAAUAGCCUCCCUGAAUCAGCCAAAAAUUUAGUUACGUAUGGAACUCUUUUAAACUGCUACUGUAAGGAAGCUAAUGAAGACAAGGCAUUGGCCCUCUUCAAGAAAAUGGAUGAACUGAACUUCUCCACUAGGUUGGCUUUCGGCAAUCUUAUGACAUUGUACUUGAGAUUGGGCAAGCCUGAGAUGGUCCCUUCCCUUGUAGCAAAAAUGAAGGAGAAAAAAAUUUCCUUGGACAAUUUUGCCUACAUAAUCUGGAUGCAGAGUUAUGCGAGUUUAGAUGAUAUUGAGGGAGUAGAAAUGGUGUGGCAAGAGAUGUUGAAUGAUUCAAGUCAGGGUGACGAUUGGACCGUGUAUAGCAACCUAGCCUCGAUCUAUGUCAAUGCCGGACUAUUUGAGAAAGCUGAGUCCGCUCUGAGGAAUCUGGAAACUUUUAUGAAACCCCAAAACUGUGAGCCGUACCAUUUUCUGAUCAGCCUGUAUGCAGGCACUUCUAAUCUGAAGGAGGUGAAUCGGGUUUGGGAGUCCUUAAAGGAGGUUUUUAAAACGCCGACCAACUUCAGCUAUCUUAUCAUGCUUCAGGCGCUUUGUAGACUAAAGGAUGUAGAGGGUUUACUAAAAUGUUUCAACGAGUGGGAGUCUGGUUGCCGCAGUUACGAUCAAAGGUUAGCAAAAGUCGCGGUAAGUGCAUGCCUAGAGCGCGACAUGCUAGAAGAGGCAUCAAGAAUAUUCGAUGAGGCCAUUAGGAGGGGCAAUAGACCAUUUUUCAAGGGCAGGGAGGUAUUUAUGCUCUACUUCUUGAAAAAAGGUGAGGUAGAUUUGGCUAUGGAGCACUUGGCUGCAGUUAUUGCUGGAGCAGAAGGUGAAAAGUGGCAUCCUGAUGCAGUUAUCAUGAAUGCAUUCCUGAAGCACUUCGAGGAAACUAAAGACACUGACUCCGCCGAAAAGUUCUGCGUGCUUUUGAAGAAUGAAGUGGGUGUCAAGGUGUUGCUGAAAACUUAUAUAGCAGCUGGCAGAACAGCUCCAGAGAUUCGUAAAAUGCUGGAAAGAGAUGACAUAACAAUGGAUGACGAGCUAUAUAAUUUGUGUGAAAAGGUGUGUGCCUCAUGACUACAGCGCCAGGAGCAUUAGGGUAGGCAUGGGUUAGUUUGGCGUACACAAUCAGACAAUCGUUGCCCAAUUCGCAGUGCACUAGUGCUCUUAGUCGUCGCUGGCAUUCAUUUGCUGUAUGCAUGGCCUGGAACAUUAGCUGAGAUCUUCUGUUGAUUCGGCACUGGGAUGUAUGCCCUACCACUCAUCGGCACUCACUCUGUUAGUAGAGAGCAAUUUGAUGUGAAAGUAUCUUUCAAAUUGG